UGCGUUGACUGCCUUGCCCAGAGGUGUGACACCGCAGCUGAUGACAUGUUGCCAGAUGAGAAACUGUUCAUGCACGUCCAGAGCAUUUCUCACUGGGCCCCUGCUAAUAUAGGGCCUUACAGUCAGUCCGUCAAGGAAGAAGACUCAGAGACAUAUGAUGAUGUAGCUACAGUGUGUGGGAUGCUUGCUGUGGUUGUAAUAUCUCACUUACCCAGAGAUGCUGCCAUUGAAUGGCAUGUCAUUGCAGUAGUUGACAAUCCAAUGCAAAGAAAACAUUUUACAAUGAAGAUGUUGUCAGGGGGCUUUGAAAUUGAAUGUGAAUCUGUGGAGUCCAGUUCUGCGUCUUGUGCUUCCAUCUCUGUACGCCUGAGCUUGCUAUCACCUUCCACUUCUCCCCUCGAUUUAGAUGGACCUCUUCGUGACUUAGUUGCUCUGUUUAGACAAGCUGUUGAGAAACUUUCUGAAGACUGCAGAGCAAUUCCUUUGUCUUCUAGAGCUUUUUUCAGGAAGGAUUUCUUUGAUGCUCAAACACUACAAGCAGGACUGCAAGAAUAUCUUGAACAACAUUUGGGCAAGAAGACGCCAGCUCUGAUUUUAGUACCUGUGGUGGAUUUACCUGGAAAGGAAGUCAUGCAUAUAACAUCCUGGCUGAGCUAACAGUUUAAAAGAAAUAAAUUACUAUCAAAACACAAAUUCCAUCCAGCAGAG